AUGGAUUCGUCGGCGUCGUUAGUAGGCAACAGAUAUUGGGUGCUCCGACAUGGCAAGAGCAUUCCCAACGAGAGAGGCCUUAUCGUCUCUUCAAUGGAAAACGGCGUGCUCUCCGACUACCAAUUAGCUCCUGAUGGUGUCGCUCAGGCUCAGCUCGCCGGCCAAUCUUUCCUUGAGCAACUCAAGGAAAGUAAGAUAUCAGUGGACAAGGUCCGCAUUUGCUACUCUCCCUUCUCCAGAACCACUCACACCGCUAGGGUUGUCGCUCAGGUCCUCAAUCUCCCUUUUGAUGCUCCCCACUGCAAGAUGAUUGAAGCUCUCCGAGAACGCUAUUUUGGACCUACUUUUGAACUCAAGUCACAUGACAAGUACGAAGAGAUAUGGGCCCUUGAUGAGAAAGAUCCGUUCCAGAGACCACAAGGAGGUGAAAGUGUUGAUGAUGUUGUAUCCAGACUUACCGUUGCCAUGGAACUCAUGGAAGCAGAAUAUCAGAGGUGCGCAAUUCUGGUGGUGAGUCAUGGAGAUCCUCUGCAGAUGUUGCAGACCAUUUUCCAUUCCGCUAAACAACAGAGAGGAGAUGGUUUGGCUGAGAGAAUUCAGAUGAGCAGAGUUGCUUCUGUCUUGUCACAGCACCGCAACUUUGCUUUGCUCACCGGUGAGCUCCGACCCCUCGUCUGA